AUGGCAUUCAAUGCUAAGAACCUCAGCUAUGACCGUAAGGAGCCUGCUUUCUUGCGCCGUAUGAAGGGCGACUUGAGCGCUGGCCGCGAUACUGACCGCCACGAGCGGCCCAUUGCACGACCUAAGCGCGCGAAGCGUGACGAUGAGGAAGAUGACGGGCCCACGUAUGUGAUCGAAGAGAGCAACGACACGCUCACCAAGGCCGAAUACGAGGCUUUGGUCAAUGGUGGUACCGAGACUGCCAAUGACACCUCAGAUGUGGCCAAGGAAAAAGACGGUGAUGAGGCUGUCGUUGAGCAAACAAAGCCAAAGCAACAAGUUGCCUCUGUGGGUGGUGCUUCGAAAAAGAGAAAGGCUGUAAAGAUUGGUAGCGAUGCCGACGAAGAAGAGGGCGAUGAAGCCAGAGCAACUGAGAAGUCAGGAAAAACGGAGGAUCCGCAUAAGAAAGACAUCAAGCCCAAGAAACCCAAGAAAAAGACAAAGGCCGUGAAGCUUUCCUUUGGCGAUGAAGAGUAA